AUGGCUCCCCACGCGGACGUCGGAGCGGGCUCCUCGAACGGACAUGGUUCAAUCAAUGCGGCGAACAAGGAUCUCUUCACUGUCAGCUCUCCCAACGUCACCUACACCGAAAACGAGAUCAGGUCUCGGUACACUUACCGUACCACCUCGGUCGAACAAUCACCGGACGGAAAGUAUGUGGCUACUCCCAAGGAGACCGUCUACGACUUCAAGGUUGAUCGCAAGGUUCCAAAGACUGGUGUGAUGCUCGUCGGGUGGGGUGGAAACAAUGGUUCCACGGUCACUGCCGGUAUCAUUGCUAACCGUCGCGGCCUUGUCUGGGACACUCGCGAGGGACCGCGCGCUGCUAACUACUAUGGUUCGGUCGUCAUGGGAUCUACGAUGAAGCUUGGAACAGAUGCAAAGACUGCCAAGGAUGUCAACAUCCCCUUCCAUGAUGUCUUGCCUAUGGUCCACCCUAAUGACUUGGUCAUUGGUGGUUGGGACAUCAGCAGCAUGAACUUGGCUGACGCAAUGGACCGGGCUGCCGUUCUCGAACCCACUCUUAAGGCACAGGUUAAGAAGGAGAUGGCCGAGAUGGUUCCUCUUCCCAGUAUCUACUACCCCGAUUUCAUUGCCGCUAACCAGGAGGAUCGUGCCGAUAACGUGAUCAAGGGCAGCAAGGCCUGUCCCGAGCAUGUUGAGCAGAUCCGCAAGGAUGUUCGCGAAUUCAAGGCGAAGAAUGCAUUGGACAAAGUUAUUGUUCUAUGGACUGCCAACACCGAGCGUUUCGCUGACCUCAUUCCCGGCGUCAAUGACACCGCUGACAACCUCCUCAAGGCUAUCGAGAAUGGUCACGAGGAGGUCGCGCCAUCCACCGUGUUUGCUGUCGCCUGUAUUCUGGAAGGCGUUCCAUUCAUCAACGGAUCUCCCCAGAACACCUUUGUUCCAGGUGCCAUUGACCUUGCCGAGAAGCACAAUGCGUUCAUUGGUGGUGAUGACUUCAAGUCUGGCCAAACCAAGAUGAAGUCCGCCCUCGUUGACUUCUUGAUCAACGCUGGUAUCCGGCUCACUUCCAUUGCCAGCUACAACCACCUCGGAAACAAUGAUGGAAAGAACCUGAGUUCCCAGAAGCAGUUCCGUUCCAAGGAGAUUUCCAAGUCGAACGUUGUCGACGACAUGGUCGAAGCCAACACUGUUCUCUACAAGAAAGGCGAACACCCUGAUCACACCGUUGUCAUUAAGUACAUGCCAGCUGUUGGUGACAACAAGCGUGCUUUGGAUGAGUACUAUGCUGAGAUCUUCCUCGGUGGCCAUCAGACCAUCUCCAUCUUCAACGUCUGCGAGGACUCUCUUCUUGCUUCCCCACUAAUCAUCGAUCUCGUUGUCAUUGCGGAGAUGAUGUCUCGUAUCCAGUGGAAGGCUCAAUCCGCCGACGGUGUUGCUACCAAGGACUUCAAGAACUUCCACAGUGUUCUCAGCGUUCUCAGCUACAUGCUCAAAGCUCCUUUGACUCCUCCUGGAACGCCAGUCGUCAACGCCCUUGCUAAGCAGCGAAGUGCUUUGACCAACAUCUUCCGUGCCUGUGUUGGUCUCGAGCCAGAGAAUGACAUGACCUUGGAGCACAAACUAUUUUAG